GCGGUGUUUGAAUGGGUUGGGGGUAAUGCAUUUGAAAAAAUACACCUUGUUUUGGGAUAUGGCACUUUGACAACUUUCCCCCUGCUCUUUCCAUGGAUGCCCUAGGUGCAUUGGAAAGAAAGGUGAUAUAUACAGAAGCGUCCAGUAUUUAUGAAGCUAUACGACUCAAUCAAAAGGUAUUCGCGAUUACUUAUUUAUUAGUGUAGGUUAUCUUACUGGAUUCGCGUUCGUUUAUGGUAUAUAAUACCAGUCACAUACAUACUGCUAUAAAUAUAGGUGGUAACAGGGCAUUUCAGAGAAAGUUUUCUCAAAAUCAGGUUGGUAGUUUACGUAUAUCCAGACAUCUUCGAAUAAAGGUCCCGUUAGAUUUACUUUUAUGUAAACUGACAAACUUGGAAAACCCUACAGAGUUGAGAAAGUUACCAAUUGUUGUCUACGAUGAGUUUAUCGAUUCUGUAUUGAACCUAAUACCUGGAUGCUUCUUGUUUUCUUUAUUGACGCAAUUGACUCUAAAAUUUCCAGUCGUCUUUCUCCUCAAAGGAGGAUUUUUGGGGUUUCAAGCAUCAUUUCCAGAAUUAUGCUGGAUUAAUACAGAAAAAGUUGCGGGUGAAGAUUUUGCCGAAUAUCACCAGUGUGACUGCCGAUUAGAACAAAUACUAGAUGCCUGCUUAGGUUAUUCAUCUUCUAGUGACUUUUCUAAAAUCUCGGCAUCCGAAUAUGACAUUUUAUCUGCAUCGGCUACGUCCACUCAUCCAACUUCUAUUUCAUCAAUAUCUUCAAUUUCAUCGAAGUCUACUCCAUCUUCUUUCCAAAUUCCAUCGAAGGAACAGUUUUCAGGUGGGAUUUCCAGAACAUUAAGGUAUAACCUCUGUUUUGUACCUCCAUUUGUUUCUAGAUCAGUAAAUUUUUACUGUGUUGAAAAUUUCGUUCAACCAUUAAUUUCGAUUAACGAUCUCAUUAUAAACAAUAAUGUGGAUCUUUUUAUUUGUUUAUAAAAGCAUUUCAGGCCUUAUUAAACAGACCAAAAUGUCGGCCAUUUGUAUGCUCUUAAUAAUACAGAUCUUCAUUCUCUUUCACUGGAAAUUAUGCAACAUUUGUCUUUUUUUCCAUGCAAUCUCUUAUUUUUGAUAACCAUGUCAAUUUCUUGUCAACCCAACCAUUUAUUUUACGAAAAAUUUAGUUGGAGUAUAAUAUUUCAGCUUCUCAAGACUUAUUAAUGACACAACAGUUAGUGUUUCAUCUAUUAUUUUAGUUUGGGCCGGAAUCACGUAAUCGAUUGCAUCAAACUAGAUCACCAAAUUAUUGGUUGGGUGUAAGAGAUUAGAUUAAGUGGCGUAUUCGCAUCAUACGAACCACUACGUUUCAGUUAUACAUACCUAUCUGAUAAUCAUACUACUCAGGAUACCAAAAUAUUAGGCAAUAUUAAGUAGUUAAAUUAUGAAUCAACAUUUUAGUCUGUCGAUUAAUGAGUUGAAAACCUCUCUACUCCAGGUUUUGAUCGUUAUCGUUACUUAUUUUAAUGAGUAAAUUAGUCAAUAUUACUUUUCUACAUAGUAAUGGCUCUUCUCCGUUAUAGGUUCGGUGUAAUCUGAUAUUUCUGGGGCUCAAUGAGAUCUAAAGUACUGACAGAGCAGUCGAGUUUGUUGUAAAUUCGUUUGUUAUUAAUAGAAUCCUUUCUGAUUUCCAUUUCCAUCCACUUGAUCACAUUGAGAACAACUGUAAUGAAAUAAAAAACCAUAUCUUCAAGGAAUGAAAUGUAUAAUUACUAGUUUCAUCCGGAUUAUAUCUUGAAACUGUCAGUAUGAAUAAACCGGAGAUAAUCUAAAUCACUGGCUUUAUGUACCAAAAUAUUUCGUUCUAUGCAUACGUUCAAUUACCCUCCCGGUAUUCAACCAUUUUCUUUAAAAUUUAUAUUGUUGUAUCUUUUAUACUUUUGGUAUUUCGAUUUUCUUACAUCUCUUCAUAUUUUAUCAGGGAAUUUAUCAAUCGAUUUAGUAAAACCUGCGCCACCAAUACUUUUUUUCAACUCUGUCUCCAUAUUGUGUGCAGAAAUCGUCUCUAAAGUACUCGCUGCUUUUGAGUUAUGUGCAUUAAUUCCAAAACAUUGAAAUUCCAUAGCAUCAGACGUAUUAAGUUUUUUUUUGAUUUUGAGAAUAUACGUUAGUUCAUUCGAAGAAAUUUAUUUUCAGUUAACAGUAAAUUUAUAUCAGUCAGGAAACUCAACAUCAGUUUUAAUCAUUUUGACUUCCAUGGUUUUAGUUUUAUCAACGAAAACAAACAAUGCUUUUUAUCACUUUAUUUCCAAAUAAUUUUAGUCCUGAUGUACCUGUGGAUAAUCGUUCAAGAUCGAUUAUAGAAAUGAAAGUUGAUAAUACUGGUAGUACAUUAACUCGUCCGUCUCCAAUUCUGCCACAUUUAAUAUUAGGAAGUCAGGAAGAUGCUAAUUCUUCAACUAUUUGUAAACGUUAUGGAAUUACUCAUAUUCUUAAUGUAUCUCUUGAAGGCAGUAUUCCUUCACAUAUUCCCAGUCAAAAUUUUUAUCAAAUUCCUGUGAACGACAAUUAUACUGAUCUCAUGACACCAUACUUCAAAGAUGCUUUUGCAUUUAUUGAGUCUGCUAAAGCAGCCCAUGGACGAGUUUUGAUUCAUUGUUCAGCUGGAAUAUCUCGGUCACCUACUCUAGCAAUUGCCUAUCUUAUGUAUUCAUGUCGAAUGAAAAUGCAUGAAGCAUACGAUGUUGUUAAAUCUGGACGAAACAGCGUUGCUCCUAAUUUUAAUUUUCUUGGACAGUUGUUGGAGUUUGAGCAUCAACUUCAUGAUUCUGGUUGUAGUGAAGCUUCCAUUCCAAUCGAUAGCACUCCGACUUUUGACAGCCCUGCUAGUUCGUCUUCAAUUCUAAGCAUGUCCGCAGAGAUGCAAAGCUCUUCUAUGUUAAAGUCUGGUCUUCAUUCGUCAUCAUUAUCACUAAAUUUAACUCCAUCAUCUCCGAAGGUAUUAUCUAAGAAACGGGAAAGACCAACAUACCUUGGUUUGGAGGCUACUUCAUCUUUUGCAGGAGUUUUAGGAGGAUCUGUUGGAAAAAGUUCGCUACACUGUGGGGGGUCGGUUAGACCAAUUCCUGAGUCUGGAAUAAGCCCAACUGAAGAAAAACGUAGCAGAGUUUCAGCGUUAUUGUCACCUACUCAAUCUUCUAAUCCAUUAUUACCAUCUCCUUGCACUGGUUUGUCUAAGCUAGAGAUAUCUUCACCCUUAGAAGAGUAUCGAUCUUUACUUUCUGUUUCUCGUGCUCCAUCGUCUUUUGUUCCUGGACAUGUGCUUCCGGGUCCUGAAUCUGCCAUACAGAUGCUUAAAUUCAAACCUUUUCUUUCAUCUUAUACAAGUUUACAAACUUUGAAAUUUGAACCAUGCUCAACUGUUAUGCCACCACAUCCCAUCCAAUUAACCACUACACUUUCACCAGCUAGUAUUCUUAGACUUCGUCGUUCAUCAUCGACAGUUGGUACCGCAAGACCAACUUUGCUUGCUCAGCGUCGUCUUUCUUCACAUGCAAGCGCACCACCGACCCCAAGGCCAGUAUCUACCGACGGAAGUCAUCCAGUUUAUCGUAGUAUUUUGCAUGCACAUGGAGCAUUUCGUUUACCAAGUAACUUGCCAUCAACUAGUUCAUCUAGAGUGAGAGAGCUUAGUCCUUCCACCCCAAUAUCUCAAGAACCAAAGCUUGAAUACGAACAGCUGCAGAAGUGUAAUGCGAAUGUUGUUGGGAAUGAAUCAUUUAAAAGCCAGGUUUCUCCCACAGGUUGUUCAAAAUUUCUUUCAUAUUGUCGAAAACCUAGUCUACCUGUUAAUUUAUUGCGCUCACAUAGCAAUGAAAGCUUAAACAGAAGCUACAUAAAAAGUGACAAAUUUCAGGGUUGUCUCAUUUCGUCAUCUAGAUGUUUCAAUACAUCUAAUCUCAGUCGUAGUGCCCCAUCACAACGUGAUAUAGAUCUAGUCUUUUUUGGGGAUCAGGGUUAUUCGAAUAAUUCCUCUCAUCUCUUUUCUCUACGCAGGUCUUUACCUGUUCCCGGUGAGCUUACUUCAUCGUCUCCAAUGGAUUCAAAGAGAUUCGACCCUGGACAGUUGUCAACUAACCUAAAAAUAACCAAUAUUGCUACAACCAUGCGGUUAAUACCAAAAGGUACUAGUGUGGAUACUUCUUGUCGACUUCAACAACAAUCCUUUGUGCAAUCAUCUGGUAGUAGCAGUCCAUCACCAUCGGCUAGCCAUAAUUCACCACAUAACAGUAGUAGUUAUAGUCUAUUCCCAAUUUCUUAAGGAGCAUUUUGUCAACAGUAUUUCCUUCCUUGCUUUUUUCUACGAUCAACAUUUAAAAAACUAGUUUGGUUGGUUCAUUUUCUUUUUUUGCUAAGUAUUUGUAAAUAAACUUAGUGCAUUUACCGACUAGAACUAAAUCUGUUUGUAUAACGACUAAUAUUACUGCGAUUAAUAACAGCCUUGACUUGUUUUGCUAUCCAGGUUUUUUAAAGGCUUAUGCAUAGUGACUGUUUACCACUCUGAUUUUAAGCCUUUUAUUAGGGUGUUAUCGUGCCAAUUUGUCUUGUUUUUUUCAGUGUUCUCUCCCCACUUUGUUUUCCUUCUUUCCUCAAUGCUUCACCUACUUAUUUUGUCCGAAUAAUUGAUUACAUGCAUUUUACAACUUUGUUUAUACCUUAAACAUUCCAUCAUUUUAAGUACUACAAUAGUAUCCUUACUGGCUUAGUUAAAAGUGUUCUGGUUGAACAAGUGUUAUAUAUAUGUACAUGGAAAAAUAAACGCACAAAUAAUUCACUUGUGCCUUACAUAAUAUUUUAAUAGUUUACUUGACUGUAAAUAUCCCUAACAUUUUUUCUUUUAAUGUGUACACAUAGGGAAGAACCAGUUUCUUUUUUUGUUUCUUAAACUUUUUAUUGUACGUCGAACAUUUGUCUUAUACUACCUACCUACUUAUGUACAUGUGUACUACAUAUACUGUAUUUGUUCUAGGGAUUUUUCAAAUUAAAUCAAUUUGUUUUCUAC